AGAGAGGGGUUUGCUUGGAGGGAUGUAAUUUCUCUCCUGCCUCUCCUCCAGCUCUGCAUGAAGAUAGCAGGUGGAAUCCCAAAGAAGUUGUUUCUGGAACAGUCCUGAGGCAGUGAGUGCUCUGCACCUUUGGAAUCAUGGGAGUGACCCAUGGAAAGAAAGCAGAUCAUAAUCAUCAGAGUCAUAAUUCUGCCUGUGCUCAGCCACUUAUUGGACCUGAUUUAGUCUCUGAUCUUGGAUCAGUGAUAGAUCCUGAUCAGACGUGGGCCAGAGAAGAGGAUUUAGACCAGAGCAAGUUGCUUCCUGAGCAAACGGACAGCGGUUACUAUGAGGAGCUCAUCAGGCCCAAAAAGCUCCACAAUCCCAUCAAAGCGUCCAAGUGCCAUCGGGAGCUCCAGCGAGAGCUGAUCAUUACACACAAAAGAGGAGCAGUGAUGGAGGAGAAGCCAGAGUUACAGAGAGUUCUUGAACAAAGGAAUAGAGCUCAAGCUCUGAAACAAGAGAGAAAACAGGAAGAAGAAAAAUCACCCCUGGAGCAGGAAUUACUGAAGAGGCAGAUGAGGUUAGAGAAGCUUGAGAGAGAGGCCGGUGAGCAGAGGGAAAGGUCAAAGGGCGCACCUGAGUUCAUUAGGGUCAAGGAGAGUCUGAAGAGGACAGCGAUCGCAAGUGCUGAGGAGAAAGAGCUGUAAUCACACAUCACCGUCAACAUCAUAGAUCUACACGAGAGUUGAUGCACCUCCAGGUGAUGAUUUGACAAUUCUUCACUGUUUAGAAAGCUUGAAUGAAAUCAAAGAAUGUGAAAGAACAAUAUUGAGGACAAGACAGUUGAAAAUGUUGAUUUUGUUGUUGAUGGCUAAUGAUUUGUCAGUGUUACAAAAUGUUAGGUACUACUUAUAAUGGUCUAUAGGAUUUCAUGUAUUGCACAUUAAUUGCUGAUUUCUGUCGUUUGCACACACAAGAAAAGAAUAAUUCCAACUGGAACUGUAUCUAGUGUUUGUGUGAAGAAAUUAUUGGUCUGCCAUAUUUAUAGAUGAUACACUUUUAUGCUUUUUAAUGGAGUUUCUAACAAACCUUGCAUCAUGUAAUCCUACCAACACUAUGCAAUGUGUAUGUGAACAGACAGCAGUCACGUCCACUUUUUCCACAUGGAUCUCCUACUAAGUUUAACAAAAUGUGCAGUAUACAACCAGAGCAUAGGACACUGUAUCCCAUAAUACAAUGCGUUAGACUUGAUUUUCCAUUUCUAGUAUUACGAAUUAUCUCUUUUUCUUGACUUACUAUUUGAUGAAACAAGAAAAGGUUACACAAAAUUUGAUUCAAUUGGAAAAAAAGAAAAAGAAAAAACUAUUUUCUUAUGGUAUAAUGCAAAUUUCUUUAUACCUUUUGUACAAGUGACUUUUUUACUGUUUUGAACGUCUUUUAUUUAAUUUACAGAUCAAAAAUGACCGGCCUCUAAAAUGGCUUACCUCUCAUAAUGUAAUAUUUUCAACAAAUAUUGUAUUGAAUCUUUUUGUCUACUUGUUUUCUUUCAAUUUGCACAGGUAUUGUAUUUCUUUUUGAAAAUGAUUGAUUGUAGGCCUCAUCUGAGCAGUUCCAAAAAGAAACCCUUGCAAAGUGAAAGUGAAAACAAUUGAUAAAAAGAUCGAAUCCAAUAUUUGGCAAUAACAGCAUAACAAAAGAUUUAUAAGCAAUUUUUUUUCAGCCAGUCAUUUUUGGCUGGGAACAAGCUGGGGAAAAAGUACGAAAAAUAUAUAUAAAAAAAUUGUUAUAUAAUAUGUUAUACACUGUGUGAAUAAAGUCCGUAAGUUUUAGUCCAAUGCUAUAACAUUAAAUCUAGGGUAGGAAAUAUCAGAGACGCUAGCUUUGAAAGCAUAAGAUUCCAACCUUCCUAUAAUAAACGCAUAAAUCCGAAUCUAAGGACGCAAUAAGGACUAUGUAACGUCACGGGUUGCCAUUUUGUAAUUACGGUUAUGGCAUGGCGUGAACGCAGCAUAAACUCGUUGUUUUGGUUCAGGAGGAACUGUAAAAGAUGGCUGCUGUUUGCGGUCUGUCCACAAGUCUGCAUGGAGCAGGUUGUGUGGAGAUAUGCAAAUACAUACUCUGAUAGUCAGGUAGGACAUCGUAUCAUUGCAUUUGGACCGAAUGCAAUGAUUGGAUGAACAUUUUUUGGUCCUGAGACUUCCAAUAUUAAGACCGCUUCUGUUAUUGAUAGCUGUCAGGAUGCGAAGAGAGUUUCAUAUGGAAGUAAAAUGAUGCCAAAAGUUUCUGAAACAAAAAAGCCUGUUGAAUUGCACUACUUGAAAAAAAUUAUGCGUUGCAUUAACCAUGCUUGUAUUUUUAGGACUUGCAUUUUUAUGGGCUGAAAUUCAGCAUGGUUGAAAUUUAAGCUGUGAAUGUUUCAAUGCAAAACAUUUAAAACACAGUUUCAUGAUUAAAAAUUCAAUAAUCCAUAUUCACCUUUCAUAUUUCACUUUCAAAAAUACUGUAUAAAAAUACAACCUAUAAAAUUCAGCAGGAAAUUUUCACCGAAUUUGGAUUUGGACCGAAUGCAAUGAUUGGAUGGACAUUUUUUGGUUCUGAGACUUCCAAUUAUUAGACCGCUUCUAUUAUUAAUAGCUGUCAUUUAAAACAUUUAAAACACAUUUUCAUGAUUAAAAAUUCAAUAAUCCAUAUUCACCUUUCAUAUUUCACUUCCAAAAAUACUGUUUAAAAAUACAACCUAUAAAAUUGAACAGGCAAUUUUCAGUUCAUCUUAUUUCACUUUGCAAAUUCGCUUCCACCAUUUUAGUGGUUCAAAUUCCACAGUAAAGUCAACAUUGACAUCUAGGAACUGCAGAAAAAGCAGUAGAUAGGCCUAUGUCACGCUUCCUGCUUCCGGAACGCGGAGUAGGGAUACAGAACUUCCGGUCAACAGUAUUUCAUCGAUAAUGAUUUAGAUUAUCAGCCCUAUAAUGUCUACCAUCCGAGGUACACGAAGGACACGAAGGUUUUUGCUCCUGUUGAAGCUAUAAGUAUGAAAUCAACCUUAUUUAAAGAAAAACAUGUUUUAUCCACGAUCCUAUGAAAAAAAUACACUACUCACAAUCCUAAGCGUAGUAGCAACGUCUGCUGAUUGGUCCAACUCGCUGUUACCAUAGAAAUGAUUACCUUACUGGCGAACGGCUAGAGCUACCCGCGGCUGUUGUUGUAGUGUACCGGGUUGCUCUGCAUCAGGACGUAGACAGCCAUACCUCAGCUUUCACGCUUUCCCACUUGAGAGUUUUCAUUUACCAUCCAAACACAUCGUCAUAUGUGACUUCAGGCAGGUUGCAGAGAGAUUUGGUCCAGCGGUAUUAUAUCGAUCGGACUCCACCAUUGUAAAAAGCUAACUGGAAGAGCCGUAUCCCUACUAAAAGACAUACUUCCGGUCUUCAAUUUUUUUGUGACAUAGGCCUAUUACUUGAGCAUAAUCUCCAUUUUCUGUUAGUCCUCCUCACCAGCAGGAGGUGCAAGCGCGUGUUGUUGACAGCAACAGUUAGAGCAAGCCAUUCAUUCAUAAAAACUCAUUUUACAGCAAUUGAGCAUGCAUUAAGUUUUUGUUAUGAUUAUCCGGGUCAGUAUAUGUGCGGAAUAGAUGAUAAAGACACAAAAAGCUAUGUUUAUGUUUAUUUGAAUAACUUUUCUUGUUACUUUCCCUCUGUGCCUACAUGUUAUCAGCUUUCUCGUGGUUAAUGCAGUGCAUAUUUUUUUCCAAGUAAUUCAAUUUUCAUUUCAAAAACAUUUGGCACUAUUUUACUUCCAUAGUUUCAACCAGUACAACAACAAGUGUUCAUGAAAAACACUGCCUACCCUAGAUUUAACUGGUAUUUUCAGGAAAAAGAUAAUCCUCUCUGUGUUAAAACGACCAGUACAAAACAUGAGGGUUUGCUUUUCCUCUCAUAUGAUGCUGACAUCAUAUAGCUUGUGAUGUUGAACCUAUGUUUUGGCUAACAACACAACAUAGUUUUUUGUAAAUAUGUUUUGUACAUUUUCUUAGUCUUUAAAUAAAUAGAUUUUUGACGCAUA